AUGUACAUACAGCACAGCAUUGACACUCCGCGCAGACAGGUGGACGGCCUUUUGGAGACAGGAGCCUACGACGGGACGCGCAGUAGUAGCGACUACAGGGACGGGCAGGAGAUUGUGACGGGGGGAGGAAGUAUUGCGCGGAUAAGGGAGGGGACACCACUAGCUGCAGGUGCAGAGAAGGGCGUUCCACGUGGCGUGGUGAUAUUGGUCGUCGUGUUCCUGGACAUGUGUGCAGCGGGCAUGGCCAUGCCGCUCGUUACGUCGCUCAUUAAGGAGCUAGGUAUGCCCUUUCCCCUUGCCCCUUUCGCUUUGCCCCUCCCGUUUGCCCCUUCCCUUUGCUCCUUCCCUUUGCCCCUCCCCUUUGCCCCUCCCCUUUGCCCUUCCCCUUUGCCCCUCCCCUUUGCCCCUCCCCUGUGCCCCUCCCCUUUGCCCCUUCCUCUUUCCCCUUGCCUUUCCCCCUCCCUUUUGCCCCUUCCCCUUACCCCUUCCCUUUGCCCCUCCCAUCUGCACCUCCCCCUGUCCCUCUCACAUGCCCCUUCUCAUUUCCCCUUCCCCCUGUCCCCUCCUUAUCCCACCCUUGCCCCUUCCCAUUGCGCCUCUCCUUUGCUUAUGUCCCAUUGCCCCGCCUCCCUGCCCCUCAUCAUGCGUCCCCCCCCCCUGCCCCUUCUCGCUGCCCUCCCCGAGCCCCUUCGCCUGACCCUUCCCUUCUCCCCCGCACCCCUGCCCCUCAACCUGCGCCCCUGCUCUCUACUCCUCUCCUCCGGUUCCUGGACGGGGGGAGAAAGAGGGGGUGGGGAAGUGGGAGAGGGGGACGGCGAGAUUUAG